AUGACGGAAACGAUAAAGAGCGGUGUCUACACUGACUUCGAAGCCUUCAAUGCCGAUGUACAGAAGAUUCUCGUUGCUUCGCCAAACAAAUACAGGUAUGUCUGUUUAUAUUUUUGUUGGCUUUUAGAUUGAUCAUGCGUGAUGGAUAAUAUAAAUUGAUUUUAUGUUGUAAAUUGUGGGUUUAUCCUCAAAUUAGUAAUUUAUUGAUUAAGAAGGCCUUGGACUUACUCUUCACACUAUCUUUGGGUAAAUGGAGCUAAAUUCCUCUUGGCAUGUGGGAGAUUGUUUGAAAUACUCUCAUGAACAACAUUUUUGGUUCAUUUCUAAGGUUGUGUGAAAUGUUUGGCCUAGUUUGAUUUUUCUAGCAACUGAACCAUGCCUAUUUUAAACUGAUAGGUUGAAGAGAUUUGAGUUUCUUAGCGAUUUUGCGUUUGAAAUUGGAUAAAAAUGGUGUUCACAUCAGGUACUUAUAGAUACCAUCAAUUUUUUCGGCAAAUUUUGCUCGAAGUGGUCGAUAUUUCUUCGGUUUUUGCCGUCGUGCUUUAAUGUGUGAUCUAUUUCUAAUAUUAGUUUUUAAAUUCUCCGUUUAUUAUAAAACAUGCAUUAUCUUAUCCUUUACCUCCUUUCAGACUGGUCCUGAAGCCAGUGCACAAAGACGGUAAAAUCCGGGUAAAGCUGACCGACAACAAGAAAUGUAUUCAAUACGUUGUAUCGACGACGGCAGACUUCAAGAAGCUCGAACAGUUGACCAGCCGGAUCAUGCAGUACAAUACGACCAAAACUGACCAAGAAUAA